GCCGGCAUGAGGCUUCCCGAGGGAGCAAGGAGACGCCGCGCUAAGCAACCGGGGAAGAACCUGCCUCUCAUCUGUUGCAGCGGAGCCCGGCGGCAGGCGCUGUCCCCCCGGCCGGAGGUGAUGGGCACCCGCUGACUCGUGGCGUGCGUCCCAGAGCGUCUGCAUGUGUGGCAAACAUGGAGAAAAUAAAGUAAAAAAUGUGGAUAGUGCCCGCGAUGGACGGCAGCCAGUGAAAUAAAACAAACACCUUCUGAAGGGAUUUAAUUUACAAACGGGAUUGAAAAGGGUGCAACUUCCAUGGGAAAAUGUGACCUGUUCAAACUGCUGUCGGAAGAUGCCGGCUGUCAACACAAGUACCUAAACCAAAGACAAAGUAUUAGAAUGGCAUAAAAUAUGGCCCAGUUCUACUACAAAAGAAGCGUCAAUGCUCCCUACAGAGAUCGUAUCCCUCUCCGCAUUGUACGGGCAGAGUCCGAACUGUCUCAUUCAGAGAAAGCCUACCUGAACGCCGUGGAGAAAGGAGAUUAUGCCAGUGUAAAGAAAGCUUUGGAGGAGGCAGAAAUUUAUUUCAAGAUCAAUAUUAACUGCAUUGAUCCCCUGGGAAGAACUGCACUCCUUAUAGCAAUUGAAAAUGAGAACCUUGAGCUCAUUGAGCUGCUCUUAAGUUUUAACGUGUAUGUGGGAGAUGCUCUGUUGCAUGCCAUACGGAAGGAGGUGGUUGGGGCCGUGGAGCUGCUGUUAAAUCACAAGAAGCCCAGUGGAGAGAAGCAGGUGCCACCAGUGCUUCUGGACAAGCAGUUUUCAGAAUUUACGCCGGACAUCACACCUAUUAUUCUGGCUGCCCACACCAACAAUUACGAAAUCAUAAAGCUCCUCGUGCAGAAAGGGGUGUCGGUGCCCAGGCCCCACGAGGUGCGCUGUAACUGUGUGGAAUGUGUCUCAAGCUCGGAUGUGGACAGCCUCCGCCACUCUCGGUCCAGACUCAACAUCUACAAGGCUCUGGCCAGCCCGUCGUUGAUUGCUUUGUCCAGCGAGGAUCCUUUCCUUACCGCUUUUCAGCUGAGCUGGGAGCUGCAGGAGCUGAGCAAAGUCGAAAAUGAGUUUAAGUCAGAGUAUGAGGAACUGUCACGGCAAUGCAAGCAAUUUGCAAAAGAUCUCCUGGAUCAGACACGGAGUUCCAGGGAAUUGGAAAUUAUUCUUAAUUACAGAGAUGAUAAUAGCUUGAUAGAAGAACAGAGUGGUAAUGAUCUUGCAAGAUUGAAACUGGCAAUUAAGUACCGUCAAAAAGAGUUUGUUGCUCAGCCCAACUGCCAGCAGCUGCUCGCAUCCCGCUGGUACGACGAGUUCCCCGGAUGGCGGAGGCGACACUGGGCAGUGAAGAUGUUGACAUGUGUUGUCAUAGGACUCCUUUUCCCAGUCUUCUCUGUGUGCUACCUGAUAGCUCCCAAAAGCCCACUGGGGCUGUUCAUCAGAAAGCCAUUUAUCAAGUUUAUCUGCCAUACUGCAUCCUACUUGACUUUUCUGUUCCUGCUGUUGCUUGCCUCUCAGCACAUCGACAGGUCAGACCUCAGCAUGCAGGGACCCCCACCAACCGUCGUCGAGUGGAUGAUAUUACCGUGGGUCCUGGGUUUUAUCUGGGGUGAAAUUAAGCAGAUGUGGGAUGGUGGACUGCAGGACUACAUUCACGAUUGGUGGAACCUCAUGGAUUUUGUAAUGAACUCCUUGUACUUGGCAACAAUCUCCUUGAAAAUUGUUGCAUUUUCAAAGUAUAGUGGGUUAGUUCCACGGGACAGCUGGGACAUGUGGCAUCCAACCCUGGUGGCUGAGGCCCUGUUUGCAAUUGCAAACAUCUUUAGCUCCCUGCGCCUGAUCUCAUUAUUCACUGCAAAUUCUCACCUGGGACCUCUGCAGAUAUCUCUAGGAAGAAUGUUGCUGGACAUUUUGAAGUUUCUUUUCAUAUACUGCCUUGUGCUGCUCGCUUUUGCAAAUGGAUUGAACCAGCUGUACUUCUACUAUGAGACAAAUGAACCUGGCAACUGCAAAGGAAUACGAUGUGAAAAGCAGAAUAAUGCAUUUUCAACGUUAUUUGAAACGCUGCAGUCAUUAUUCUGGUCUAUAUUUGGACUCAUCAAUCUCUAUGUGACCAACGUGAAUGCGAGGCAUGAAUUCACUGAAUUUGUUGGGGCCACCAUGUUUGGUACCUAUAAUGUAAUAUCUCUGGUUGUUCUGCUCAACAUGCUAAUAGCCAUGAUGAAUAACUCUUACCAACUCAUUGCUGAUCAUGCAGACAUUGAGUGGAAGUUUGCUCGAACAAAACUCUGGAUGAGUUAUUUUGAAGAAGGAGGAACUCUGCCCACUCCUUUUAAUGUCAUACCAAGCCCAAAAUCUUUGUGGUAUCUGAUCAAAUGGUUAUGGAGACAUCUUUGCAAGAAAAAAAUUAGAAGAAAGCCUGAAAGUUUUGGAACAAUAGGGAGACGUGCAGCUGACAAUUUGAGGAGACAUCAUCAAUACCAGGAAGUUAUGAGAAAUCUGGUUAAAAGGUAUGUUGCAGCAAUGAUAAGAGAUGCCAAAACUGAGGAAGGAUUGACAGAAGAAAAUUUUAAGGAGUUAAAACAAGACAUUUCCAGCUUUCGCUUUGAAGUCCUGGGUUUGUUAAAAGGAAGCAAGCUGUCUAAUUUGCAGACUGCAAAGAUGAGCAAAGACGCUGCCUCUCUGUCAGAAAAUGAGGAAAAUAGUGAGAGUGAAGGAAACAAGAAAGGAAAGAAGAAACCCUUCAGCCUUUUUGACAUAACAACGAUGAUUCAUCCACGAUCAGCCAAUAUUGCCUCUGAAGGACAUAAUGUAAGCAAUGGCUCAGCAAUGAUGGUGUCAGAGUCCACUCAGGAGAAACAAAAGCGUGUGAAUUUUGUAACAGACAUAAAAACUUUUGGGUUGUUUCACAGACGAUCAAAAACAAACUCUGUGGAGCAGAGUACAAACAAAAUAUACACAGUUUCUGAAGAAGUUUCCCGUCAACAGGCAGAAGAACAAUGUGAGAAAACUGAUGAACUGGAAGAGGGAGAAUUAAUCAUGAACUGUGAAUUAAACUUCCGAAGUCCUGGCAAAAAACGCGUGUUAGCUGAGUCACAAAAUCCCGGUGAGUCUCUGGAUUCCCAGGUAGAGGGAAGCAUUUGUGCUUCAGAAACAGAGAAAAUGGAGUUACAGAACUCAGAACCUGCCACUCCACAGGAUCAGCUGGACAAGGCAUUGGACAUUAGCAUUGAUUCUGAUGGCAAACAGGAAACAAUUGUUCAGGGUGACUAUGUGAUAACAAGGUUGUGAUGCUUACAGGAGGAAGCAUUUACAAAUAUAUAUAUUUUGCAUAGUGCUUUUGGGGGAGAUGUUUUAAGAAUUAUAUUAGCUAAUGCAGAAUUACACUUUAUAAUAAUCAACUGUGGCACAUGAUCUUGUAACAUAGUAGUCAAGAGAAAGAAAAUAUGAGGAUCUUCUGUUUUGUAGCCUGCUUUAGCUUUCACGAUUUGUUUUACAUUUUUUAAUAAAUGGAAGCAUCUUGUA